UGCUACAAAUAUGGCGGCCAAGGGGUGAACCUGUUUCCUGUUGAGCUUGAAAAGUUUGACUGGCGCACCGUCUGCCAAUUUAAUGCAGAAAAUAUAGAGUGCAAAUGAUGUUGGGAACUUUAGUACUACAACAGCUCGAAGAUGAGUCUCCUAUGGUACAAGCCUGUUUCCAUGGGGACCCAGACGAGGUUCGAGCUCUUCUUUACAAGAAGGAAGAUGUCAAUUAUCAGGAUACAGAGAAGCGGAGCCCGCUCCAUGCUGCAGCAUACUGCGGAGAGGCAGAGAUUGCGGACCUGCUUAUUAUGAGUGGAGCUCGUGUCAACACCAAGGACAAUAAAUGGCUCACUCCUCUACACCGGGCAUGCUGCUCUAAAAGUGAUGAGACUGUAGAAACACUACUGCGUCACUCUGCGGACGUGAACGCCAGAGAUAAAAACUGGCAGACACCACUUCACAUCGCUGCUGCCAACAACGCCGUAAGAUGUGCGGAGUACCUGGCUCCGCUACUGACUAAUGUCAACGUGUCUGACCGGGCUGGACGAACAAGUCUCCACCAUGCCUGUUUCAAUGGCCACAAGGAGAUGACCAGACUGCUCCUUGAGAAGGGAGCGACCAUCAAUGCUUUCGACAAGAAGGACCGUCGUGCCGUUCACUGGGCAGCCUACAUGGGCCACACAGAGGUGGUCAGUUUACUGGUGGAGAAAGGUGCAGAACUCAACUGUAGAGACAAACAGAUGUAUACGCCUCUACAUUCCUCGUCGGCCAGCGGUCAAGUCAGUGUCGUCAAGCUUCUGUUGGAGCUGGGUGUGGAGGUGGACGCUGUCAAUGUCCAUGGUAACACUGCCCUACACAUCGCCUGUCUCAAUGGUCAAGAUGUUGUGGUCAGUGAGCUGUUGAGCUACGGAGCAUCUAUCAAUGCAGUCAACAACAGGGGAAUGACACCACUUCAUUAUGCUGCCUCCUCCACACACGGUGGGAUUUGUCUGGAAAUCCUGGUCACGGAGGGCGCCAGUACAAAACUGCAGUGUGUUGAAGGACGUACCCCACUCCAUAUGACAGCUUUGCAUGGUAGAUUCACUCGAGCACAGACACUAAUCGAGCAUGGAGCUGAAAUUGAUGUUUGUGAUAAGAUGGGGAACACACCUUUACACAUAGCGGCCCGCUAUGGGCAUGAGCUUCACAUUAACACCUUAUUAGAGAAUGGAGCAGACCCUCUCAGGCGAGGUACCAGUGGAAUGCUCCCAGUACAUGUAGCUGCUGCCAAUGGCUAUGUUGACUGUCUCAAGAAGUUACUGUCGGCCAUCGAUAACUUGGACAUUGAUGUGACGGAUGACUUUAGUCGGAGUUGUCUACAUGGAGCGGCAUGUAGUGGACGAGUUGAGUGCGUUGAUCUAUUACUUAAGAUGGGAGGUAAACUAGGAAUGUUGGACUCGGAGGGCAGGACAGCGCUACACUACGCCGCAGCCCACUGCCACUACCAUUGUGUUCACGCUCUACUGGACGCCCGCAGUAACGUCAACAUCACCGAUCGCCAGGGCUGUACGCCUCUACACUACGCUGCUGCUUCCGACUCUGAUGCUAACUUGACUGUCUCUUACAGAGUCGUGGAGCUGUUAUUGAAACACGACGCCCGCCCUGGUAUCCGUGACAACAGUGGCUUCAAUACUGUACAUUAUGCGGCUCUAAAAGGCCACAAGUUGGCAUUAGAAAUGUUAUUAGAUGCUGCAGCUACAGACUUGCUAAGGAGUGGAGCGAUGUAUUCUCCAGCCCAUUUAUCGGCUUACAAUGGUCACAACGAAGCCCUCCAUGUUUUACUUGGUUGUAUAAUGAACCUAGACAUCCGGGAUCACAAUGGUCGUACAAUGCUGGACCUGGCUUGUUACCAGGGUCACCAUGAGUGUGUAGAAACACUGUUACUACAGGGAGCUACCAUCCUAGUCCAGGACAACAUUAACCGUCGCACGCCACUCCACGCAGCAGCAUGUAAUGGUCACACAGAAUGUCUACGACUUCUCAUGGAAACAGCAGAGGACAACAAUAUCGUAGAUUGUAUAGACUCUUAUGACAGAACACCACUCAUGAUGGCUGUAGCCAAUGGUCAUGUGGACACUGUAUUAUACCUCAUAGCUAACGGUGCCUUUGUUAAUAGUAAAGAUAAUCAGGGUCGGACAGCUCUACACAGAGGGGCGGCCAAUGGUCAUGGAGAGUGUGUGGAUGCUUUGCUCCACAACGGGGCCGACAUCUCCAUACAAGACCAGUGUGGUAGGACCCCACUACACCUUGCUGCCGCAUGUGGCCAAGUGGGGCAGCUUGGGUCACUCAUGUUGAUGGGACCAGUAGACCAGUUAGAAGAUGCCAAAGCUUUUACUCCACUUCACUUGGCUUGUUAUAAUGGUCAUGACAGCUGUGUGGAAGUUAUGUUAGAAGAUGAAAUUCAUAAAAAAUUUACAGGGAACCCAUUCUCCCCCUUACAUUGUGCUGUGAUAAAUGGAAAUGAUACUUGUACUGAGCUAUUAAUAGAUACAUUAGGAAAUUCUAUAGUAAAUUUACAAGAUUCAAAGGGCAGGACCCCACAACAUGCAGCAGCAUUUAGUGACCAGUGCGAGUCUAUGCAACUCCUCCUCACCCACGGCGCCAAUGUUAACCACUGUGAUAGUACGGGCAGGUGUCCAGUCAUGCUGGCCGCCUAUAAUGGCCAUAUAGGAGCCGUAGAUUUAUUAUUAGAAAAUGGAGCAGAUCUGAAUUAUUGUGACAAAGACAAAAACACAGCUUUACAUUAUGCUUGUAUGAAUGGCCAUGAGAGUGUAUCUUUAUUACUACUGGAUAAGAUUACAGAUUAUGCAACAAUUAAUAUGGCCAAUAAUGAAUUAAAAACCCCACUACACAUAGCGGCUAAGUAUGGCCUCGUCCCAGUUGUCCACAGCCUCAUUGAGAAGGGAGCCAGUGUUUUCUCUCUGGAUGAGAAUGGCCACUCCCCUGCCCUGGCAUGUGCCCCUAACAACAGGGUGGCUGACAGUCUAACUAUCAUCCUAGCACAUAUGAUUCCUCAAACCCCAAACAGUACUAUACAGCGUUCCAAGCUCGACAACACUCCCUCAGGAUUUGGAGCAACCCGUACCUUGGAGACCCCAGACAAUACUGGAUCAGGAAGUCCAGGAGGCAGCGUCCAGGAUGUCAAGGAACACUCGGGCUCGUAUCAAAGUUCGGACUCAGAAUUCUAUUGAACAAAUUUAUUCUCAUCCUGCCAAUAACAUGACUCUGCCAACACUGUGACUAACUGCCACCAAUCCGGUUCAGACAGCUGACGUUUCGUGUGGUUUAGCCCAGACCUUAAUGUCAAAGUUAUAGUCGGUGUUAUAUCAGUAUUACUGUCAAAGGUAUCCCCACCAGUACAAAGGUUAUAUUGCCUGUACGUAAUUGUCUGAAAAAGUGUGAGACAGAAAUUGGUUGAUUUUAUUAUUGGUACCACAUGAGAUGGUAUGAAGAUUAAAACCAUGACAGUUGUACUGGUACGUUCCUACAACUCAUAGAGGUAGGUCAGGCUUUCCUACAGCCCAUAGAGGUAGGUCUGGCUUUCCUACAGCCCAUAGAGGUAGGUCAGUCUUUCCUACAGCCCAUAGAGGUAGGUCAGUCUUUCCUUCCAUCCAUACAGGUAGGUCAGUCUUUCCUAUCACCCAUAGAGGUAGGUCAGUCUUUCCUACAGCUCAUAGAGGUAGGUCAGUCUUUCCUUCCAUCCAUACAGGUAGGUCAGUCUUUCCUUCCAUCCAUAGAGGUAGGUCAGUCUUUUCUACCAUCCAUAGACUAUUUUUUAUUAGAGGUAGGUCAGUCUUUCCUACCACCCAUACAGGUAGGUCAGUCUUUCCUACCACCCAUAAAGGUAGGUCAGUCUUUCUUACAACCAAAAGAAGUAGGUCAGUCUUUCCUAUCACCUAUAGAGGAAGGUCGGUCUUUCCUACCACCCAUAGAGGUAGGUCAGUCUUUGCUACUACCCAUAGAGGUAGGUCAGUCUUUGCUACCACCCGUAGAGGUAGGUCAGUCUUUGCUACCACCCAUACAGGUAGGUCAGUCUUUCCUACCACCAUUAAAUGUAGGUAAAUGUAAGCCAGUAAAUGAAUUGAGUUCUUCCAAAGUUGCCUGCAGGGAACAAAGGCUUUAUGUGGACCAGUUGUCCUGUAGUUCCAUGUGGGACGGACAUUUCCGGAUAUCUCAUCCAGAUAAUUUGUAAUGUGAGGAAGGUCAUUUUUUUUACUAAUCACAUUUUUUGUCAUUGUUGAACUUGUGGAUUUUUCUCUGUUGAAUUAGUUUGAGUUGUUUUUUAUUCUGUAAUGACUUACUAUUGCUUUCCUCUGGUGUAUAAGAUUGGGGAAGAUUUGAUCAAUUUGUUCUUGGUUAAUUCAUUGUCACAAUGUUGCUUUCCUAUGAUUAAACUCACAACCUGAUAAAAUUAACAAGGUAACAUUUUAUGACAUUAAUAUUUAUAAUUUCAAGAUGAAAAUGAUCCACGUCAAGAAAUAUCUCCUUAGUUCUGAUUGGACGUUGGUUUUUAGGAUAGCACUUGAUAAUUAGGCAUUAUGACCUUAAAAUGGCAUUUCUAAGAGUUGAGAGCUAUAAUCUACCUGCCAAUUCAAGUCACAUCAUUUUCAUUUAUUUAUUUUGUGCUGUUCAGAUUCAUCAGAUUGUUCUCAGGAACUACAAAAUAAUUCAUAUGUGAUAAAUUGUUUGCUGACUGGUAAACGUAAUUGAUACACUGAACAUUUUAAAAGAAAAAAAUAUAUACAUUGCAUGUAUAUCAAUUUUCUUCUGAUGAAAACAAAAUCAUUGAAUUUUUUAAGUGAACAAGUAACGUUACAUCUGUUUAUUUUUAAUGCUUUCUAAUAGGAGUUGAAACAGAGGAAUUUGACAUUAUCAUUUUGAUUGAAAAGGAGCUUAGAAUAAAUGUUUGCUGUAAUAAGUUAUGAAUAUUAUGUAUAGAAUUUCUUUAUUAUUGUAAGAUGUUUCAAAGUUAUUAUACUUAUUUAUGAUUAAUCAAAAUAAUUUGUGUAGAUUUAGCUAUCUCUGUAUCCACUAUACCUCCCAAUACAAGUGUAUUUAAUUUGUCUGGCCAUUGAAAAAGUGUUGUACAAGUGUUUUCAAUCAAAUUUGUUUUAACUUGAGGUGUGAGAGUAAUAUGACCAAGUAUUAGACUAAUUGCUGGACUAACAUCUACAAUAAUCUUUAUGUGACGCUGGGUGAUGGACGACACUAAAUCCUGAUAGUUAUAAUAUAAAGAUUUUGUAUGUAAUCUACAAUACUGUGACUAUAUGUAAGGCUAUCUAUCUACGCUAUGGAGACAGUCUAUUCACCAGAGCUGAUUCUGUUGUAGGUCCAAUCAUUUAAAAGUAACAAGAGUUGCUCAGAAAAACAUUAGUCAAAACAUUAAAUCCUGACAACUUGACAGUUGCAUUUGUACAUUAUGCAUGCAGUAUUCUGAGUGUUUUUCAGCAUUUCGUCUAACACAUAAAGUAAUGAAUUUGAACUUGAUCCAAUAAUUCCCAGAAGUUUAUGAAACUUUCAUGUGAACUUCUGGUAAUUAUUGGACCAAGUUCAAAUUGAAAGGAGAAUGUGUAUGUUUCAGCGAGAUCUGUACUAUAGUCUGAGCCAUAUUAAUUCACACAAAAAAAGAAGGAUUUUGUAAUUUAGAUAGUCAUACACCUUUUAUAGCACAGAAACGAGUGCUAAAAUAUCUGGCUUUCCUGUGAUUUAUAGAGAAACUAUAUCGUACAAAAGUUGUUUUUAUCGGGUAAUGUGAUAUACUACUAAUCAGAAGGAUUUACUAAUAGUGGUAUAUAAAAUCUAAUAAAAUUAUGUACAAGUAGUUUACAAUUUGAUGGUUAUUUGAAAGUGUUGAUUUGAUUUGUUUUCGUGUCUUAGGUUGUUUUCUUAAAACUUUUUUCUUGAAGGUUUUAAAGAUUUGUUUUUGAUCUAGUACAGUUAGAGUGAAAACUUAGUCUACUUUAAUUGACAGCUAUUGUUAUGCAGGUCUGUAUUCUGACAAUUUCUCAAAAGGUCUUCUGUAUGUCUUUUUAGUCUGUAAUGAAUCAAAUGGAGUAUUAUUGGCUGUAGAUCACAUCACCAGUUACGUAAAUCAUUUUAAAACAACAUUACUAGAUACUCUGUUUUAAGAUAAAUAGGGUCGCAUUAAAUUUUGACUUUCGUUCUUUGUUAUUUUGAUUAUUUAUUUCUAGUUUGUGCAUCAAAUUUUACAUUAUUAAACUGUUAGACUAAUAGUUUCACUGAAGUGUGCUGGUAAUUGUUGCUGAUGUUGUGUGCUUCAGCCCGAGGGCAGAAUUAGCUUACUGUUAAAACCCAGCAUUGAUUCAAGUUUGUUGCGUAUUAAGUUUAUUGAAUGUUUGGUGUUUAAUGACAGUCUGAAAACAUCUCUAGUGUUUAAAGCUGGUUUUCUGUUAGGUAAGUAUUUUGGACAUUCUGAACUACCUCAGCUUUUAGUUGAUGUUAAUAUGUUAAUAAAGAGUAGGCCACUCUAUACAUGUCUGAAACCUAAACUUUUAGUUGUAUUGCUAGAACUGAAAUUCUGAAUAUUCCAUUAGAUAUUGCUGUGAUUUAAUGGUACGGAGUCUGCCUAUCGGUUUGACAUUUAAACAGAUUUUGUAGAGUAACUAAUUGACAUUUAAGCAAUGAGUUUACUAAGGACUCGUCUUUAACAAAGACUACUGUUGCUCUACAAAUAUUUCAAUUUGACAUUCUUCCUGUCCACAUUUCUCUUCAUAUCUUUUGAUGUGUGCAUCACAUUUGACGUGACAUAUAAAGACUAGGUGAGUUUAUGUGUGGUAGUGUGUGAUGAUUAGUUGUGGAUACAUGGGCUUAUAUGUGUCUAAAGAACAAAUUACAAUUACUAUUAUUUCAGUAGAUAAAUGGAUUUUAAUUGAUGUGUAUGUGCAGACUCGGUUCAUCAUUUGACACCAUUUUGAAUUGACUAUAGGAAUAUGAAUAAUACCUAAUGUCUAGUUUUCAAAAUUCCACCAAGUUCCUCAUUUGACACAAUUUUGACCUUACUCUAUGUCAAUAAAUCAUAACCAAUGUUUAGUUUUCAAAAAGUCUUCCCAAGUUCCUCAUUUGACACAAUUUUGACAUUACUGUAUGUCGACAAAUCAUACCCAAUGUCUAGUUUUCAAAAUUCCAUCAAAUUCCUCAUUUCACACAAUUUUGACCUUCCCGAGGAUAACAAAUCAUACCCAAUGUCUAGUUUUCAAAAAGUCCUCCCAUUUGACACCAUUUUGACCUUGUUGUAUUUACAAAAUUCAUACCCAAAGUCUAGUUUUCAAAAAAUUCCACCAAGUCUUUGACACCAUUUUGACGUUGCUGAGGGUAAAUGAAUCUCAUGCCCGAUAUCGCUGAUUGUAUGUCUUCGGGUCUCAACCUGAUGAAUCAGUAUUUCCUUAUAAAUAUGUUAUGUUGGUCAAUUCAGCAUGACUUGCUCAGGCAGCAGUGGUACUGGUAUAUGGGUGUUUCUCCUAUUAUCUAUUUGAUAUUAUUAGAAGGUAUGGAGUACAGGACCAAUAUAAAGCUUUACCAGGAUAUCACUUCGACCACCUUGUGUAUACCAUGUAUUCAAAGUAUAUUCAGUUUAUAUUGUUUUAACGCCUCUACGGUGGAGGACUUCUGUGUGGAAAUUAUUUUUUUCUGCAGAUUUUUUUUUGUUUUUUUUUGUUAAUUAAACAUAUUUUCAACAUUAUUAUUAAUGAGAUUUCGUUGUAAUGCAAGGGAUGCAGGUGUAUUUGUUUCCGUUUUGUGAAAUCUUGUUGUUGGGAUUUUUUUUAAUACAGGACAUCUCCAUUUUCUGUUUGAAGUCCCUCUCGAGCUCAAAUUAAUGGAUUAAUGGGUUUGUUUUAUAUUUUAGUUGUAAAAUCACUAUAAAACUAUAUUUAUAGGCAAAAGGUUGAUACAGGUUAUAUACAGGCUUUCCUUUGUUUUUUUAGGUGAUAUGACAAUACAUGUGUGUGAAAGUCGGUUCAGUUUAAUAUAUAUUGAUAUAUGUGGUAAAUAGGGAAUUAUUUUUAGCUUGGGUUCCCCCUAACUUAUGUAUUGUAAUCAGAAGUGCCAAUAUUCCUCUACUAAUUACCAAAUAUCUCCUGUCUCAUUGUAUCACUUUUGGUUGGCAUGAAAUGCUGCAUGGCUGGAAGUAUUAAAUACUAUAAUAUACCCGGUAUAUCUCAUUAAUCUAGACCGUAUCACGUGAUUUCUGGAGAAGAAAUACUUGUUAGAGGUCGUUCCAUACAUCAGCUUUCAAUCUGUACUAACUCGGAUCUCAAUAUUAUGUCAUUCUAGUUUUGCUUAAAGUGAAGUAAAACUUUUGCGUUAGAUUAUAUUUGGAAAAAUUAGGUCCCAAAUUGGAUUAAUUGGACACAGAAAAUAUUUCUGAGAUUUAAUUUAAACAAAUGCUACAUUACAACCUACUAACAGUUAAAGAUGUUCCUGGUCAUUGUAAGGUUGAAGCAUUUGAGGUCCAUCCUCGUUCAUUGUCUAAAAUUUAUACCAGAUUUACAGUUAGAUUUUAUAUCAGUUUUAUUCCAUGGUCAUUUUUUCUGAUAUCGUCAAGUUUAUCGUACAGUUUCUGUUUCAGUCGUAAUUGUGAGCGAGGUAUAGUUAUAAAUACUGUUGAAGAUAGUAAUUUAUGGUCACAAAUUUGAAAUGUAUUAGUCGUUAUAGACACCAACUGAUCAGCUUUAUAGAUAACUCGGUAAAAAAGACUGUUUUUUCCCGUCCUUUGUCUGAUUUGUGUAAACUCCUAUUUUUUAUGUAAUGCUUUAUUAUCAGAAUGAAAUGAAUCGCUUACAUUUCUUCGUAAGGAAAUGGACACUCAGUAUUUGUAUGCUAUAAAUAUAACACAAUUUGGUGGAAAGUGUCAUCACAUGGUCUGAAGGCCUGGGUUGAGUCUGCCGCGGUGCAACAUCCGUCUUCUACACAACAUAUAACUGAGGUGUUUAGAUGAUACAUAUGGCUCGGAUGAAACUAAAUUAACUGAGACGUCCCAGUGUUAGGACUUUAAACAAACUGUUGGUAUUUAAAUAUGUAUUGAGUUUCUGUUUAUCAGAUGAGCGGAUUAGUCCUAGGGAUAUUUUUAUUGAAGGAAUAUAAUGAUAUCAUUUGAUAUAAUAUUAAUUAAUAAUGUUAUAUAUAUACCGGUAUAAUUAACUAUUUGUGUUGGCCAACAAGACUUCCAAGAGUUUUAGUUAGUUUAAACAAGGGACCUGUACUGUAGACUAGAGAGCUAACACUCCGCUGUGGAUAGAAGAAUGCAAAAAUGUUGAAGAACUUUUUAAAAUACUUCUUAAUAUCUUUCUAAGACUCUAAUUUUAGUCUGUCUCGAAAUUUCAUGCUGCAAAAUAAACCAGGAUAGAAAAUAGUUUGUGUGAAAAUUUUAAUUGAAUUUCUAUUUAAUUUAUGAUAUUUCUUUUAAAGUGUUUGGGAUGUUGGAAUUCUAGGAACCACAGGAAUCUCAUUGCUCAGAGCUGCGGAGGGUGGGUUUGAUAAACAUGUGGUUAGCUAUGAGUCGAUGUCACGGCUGAGUGUUAAAGUCUCUGUUGGUAAUAUUGUUAUGUAUAGUAUAAUACAGUCUAAUAUCGUUAUGGAGCGAGUUGUAUGUAGUGAGUAUCCAGAGAAAAAAUGAAUUUUUUUUUCAUAAAUAAUUCUAGAAAUUGUAUAUUUCUAUAUCAUGUGUUUAAGACCAGUAAAAUGGUUGAAAUGUAAAA